GGUCAGUCGAUAGAGAAUUAAAUUGUCUACAAAACGGUUUAUUUACUUUUGAGUUCUGACUUUUUCAAAAAUUUCUGCAAAUAAAACAAAAUCAUAGAAAAACGUCACGGAAUUACGUACGCAGGUAGAGUUAGCUGGCCAGGGCGUUCUAUCAAUAGUAUCAUCUUGUGGUUCAAAUUUAUAAAAAUAUUGACCGGAAAUUAGAUCCCUUACAAUUAUUAUUUGGUACAGAAGAAAGCCAAUUGUUAAUGCAAGAGAUGUAUCUGAUUUUCACAGAAACAACGAUUAAUUCAGUAUCUUUGGGUAUAACAAAACAUUUAAAUGAACAAAUACACAAACAAAAAGAAGAUGAUGAUGACAAUCUUUUAUAUGUGUUAAAAAUAUUAGAAGUGGAUGGUGGUACUGGUGGAUCUACUGUCCCUUUUUAA